AUGGCAAAGAACCUCCAUACCGCACCACCAUUCCGAGCUGAGCACCUGGGCUCUCUACUACGCCCAGCCAACCUCCUCGAUGUCCGUGCAAAGAUAUCCACCGGAAUCUCCGCCGAAGCUGCCGGACUACCCUCCAUUGAACAAGAAGCCGUGCGCGAGGUAGUUAAGAUGCAACAAGACCUCGGAUUCAAAGCAAUUACAUCUGGCGAGUACAACCGCACCCGAUUCUGGGGGUUGAUGUGGGAUGAGUUUGAGGGAACAAUCCGCCUCCAAAACGCCGAAUCCUCAAUGUUCAGACUCUACCACCCAGACGUGGUGAGUCUGAUUGAAAAAGACAGAAAAGUCAUGCCGGGCGACUCGGUGAUUGCAGCUAGCAAGCUGUCGCACAGCCCUGCCUCUCAAUCAAACCUACACGAGCUGCGUCUCGUACAGGCUUCUCUGCCUCAGAGUGAAUGGAGUAAUAUCAAACUGACGAUGAUAACGCCUGCAUGGUUCCACAUGCGCUACAAACAAGGACGCGCAUAUACCCCAGACGCAUAUUCCAAUGAUGCAGAGUACUUUGCCGAUGUGGCGAAGGUGUAUCGCGCGGAGCUGGAAUCACUGUACGCAGCCGGACUGCGGAACGUGCAGUUCGAUGAUCCGGGGAUGGCGUAUUUCUGCUCCAAAUCCUUCCGGGAGGGAUGGGAUGCCGAUCCCGAUAAUGAGGGAUCCGUGGAUGAUUUGCUGGAUGCUUAUAUCCGACUUUAUAACGAUAUUCUUGUUGAUUUGCCUAUGCAUACGGGGAUUCAUCUUUGUCGGGGGAAUUUUAUUGGUGGACGACAUUUCUCGGAGGGGUCGUAUGAUGUUAUUGCGAAGAAGUUGUUUGAGGAUUUGGAGGUUGAUACUUUCUAUUUGGAGUAUGAUACUGAGCGGGCUGGGGGGUUUGAGCCGUUGAGGUUUUUGCCGAAGGGUAAGAAUGUGGUUGUUGGGGUUAUUAGUAGUAAGGUGCGGGAGUUGGAGGAUAAGGAGGCUGUCAAGGAGCGGAUUUAUUUGGCUGCUGAUUUUGUUGCGCAAGGGUCUAGGGAGACUAGGGAGGAGGCGCUUAAGAGGGUUUGUAUCAGUCCUCAGUGUGGGUUUAGUACUCAUGAGAGUGGUUAUCCUCUUCUUGUUGAGCAUCAGAAGAAGAAAUUGGGGUUGGUGAGGGAGAUUGCGGAUGAGAUUUGGGGAGAGCCUUGA